AUGGAUUCUUAGAUUUAAAAUAAAAGAAAUUUUAUUUUCCUCACUUAGUAAAAAAGGCUAAACAUAUUUUAUAAAUUUUCAAGCUUUGCUUAACAGAUAUUGGUAAUAAAUUUGGGAGCAUAAGCUUUAAUUAAUAGAAGUUUAUAGUGAAUCCGUAAAGAAUUUGUCUUAAUUUGGCAAAAAAGUAUUAACUAGAUUAUUAUUGACAGUAAAUUAGUCAAUUUUGAAUUAGUUUAAUAAGAAAUCUUAAAAAUUAAUAAAGAUUUAAUGGUUAAGACAAUUUUAUCAUAUUUAGGUAAAGAAAUAAUCUUAAAUUCUUUAAAAAGCUCGAUUAUAAAUCUUUAUAGGAUUAAAAAUUUUCCAUAUUCAUUAAUAAUUAAGAAUCCUCUUAAGAAAUCAUUUUUAUUUUUUGAGUAUAAUAUUGGUUUAAAAAAUUAUAGUGGGUUCUAUUGAUACUUUUUAACUGCAAAAUAGUACUCAUUAAUGUUAUUAUCAAUCAAAUGAAUUUGAGAGAUAAAUAAUAUUCUUUGAAAAUAAAUCUGGAUUCGGUUUCAUUAAACUUUCCUUUACCUCUAUUUUGUAGACAUGGAGCAUCUAAAAUAGGCUUUUUUUAAAUUUUAGUUUGAUAUGGUGA